AUGGAAAGAAAAAUGGAGUCAGAAAAGUCCUCAAAAGUUGAGAGCAAAGUUUCUGUCAGCACUGCAAGUGAUUUUAAUGAUUGGAACACUAUGGAUAUGUGCUGGAAGAUGAUUGAUGACAUAGAACAAAUGCAAGGACUUUCAGUACAGGUUCUAGAAAAGAUGGCUGCACUCGCUGUGGAGAUGAGAAAGGUGGCAAAUGAGUUGAAUGCUGUCAUAACCCAGUUCAAGCAAGGCAAAAUCAUAAGGAAAAUGUCUGAUAACAAGCCUAGCCCCACUACUAAAACGCAAAUCAGCGCUCUGUCGGUGUCUACAGCACCAACGAAAGGGUUUUCAAAGAUAGAAGAGGAUGAAGACAUUGGUACUGGUCUUUCGUCACACGACUACGACAGCGAUUUACUUACAGCUGAUUCCAAACCAAGCAUACAAAUAUUGCACUCUCUACAAGCAACAUCAAAUGUGGAACAAAGAAAAGAUGAUGUCAUCAAACGCAGCUUGAAGAUAUUAGAGCUUCUUCCUCCAAAACCAGUCACCGAUGCGAAGCAGCAACCAUCUCCGACCUCUACCGUCGAGCCAGCUGUAAGCUCUGUGACUGGAGACAGCGCUUCAGCAGGGCCUGAUUUGAAAACUGCGAAAGCUCCUUCGGAUGAGUCAUCUGCAAAGUCGGGAAAGCUCCGUAAAAUUCGUAGAGCAGUCCUUCCAUCACCGCAGAAGCCAUCAGAGCGGAUUAGUUUUGCUGCACUCGGAAGAAUGAUCUUGCAACGAAGUGGUGUGCCUCUUUCUCAUUACGAACCGCUUACAGCUUUACAGCUGCUUUGUGAGGAAUUGCGACACUCAAAACUGCUCAGUGAUGCAUGCAGUAAAAAUACCGCUGAAGAGAGAAUGGUUUACGUGGCUGCGUUUGCUUUUUCCACCUAUUCCAACACUACGGGUCGAUAUCGAAAGUUUUUCAAUCCUUUACUUGGAGAGACCUACGAAUACGAGCAAGACGAUUUCAAGUAUCAUGCAGAGCAGGUAUCUCAUCAUCCGGCUGUUUCUGCAGGCCACGCUAGUGGGAAUGGUUGGACGUGGUUUCAAACAUUCAGUGCUGAGGUUACUUGGAAUACGUGGGCACAGUCGUGCGAGUUCUGUCCAGAACGACCUGUCCGCCUUCAGCUGGGUGGAGAAGAAUACUCAUGGAAUAAGAUAACCACCCACAUCGAAAAUCUUCUCUGCACACCAGAACAACGUAAACUUUAUCAUGAGGGAACGAUACAUGUAAGGUGCUCAAAUGGCGUAGACGCUCGGAUCAACGUGAAGAAGAACAAAGAGGUCUAUGGUGAUGUGGCAAACGCUGAUGGAGAGAUUUUUUGCAGAUUUAUGGGAAACUGGGACGAAAAGCUUAUCAGGGAAUUGGCCAAUGGAGAAAGAGAAGACCUUAUUAUUGUCUCGAACUGGCCCAUACAUGCUGAAUAUUUUGGUUUUUCCGACUUCACUAUGGGACUCAAUCAACUUGACAGUGAGGACGAGCAGCUGCUACCUCCAACGGAUAGCAGAUUUCGACCUGAUGUUAGACAUCUGGAAGAUGGCGAUUUGGACAAAGCGACUGCAUACAAGAUGGAGUUGGAAAAGGCACAACGAACCAGAGGCAUAAAUGAGGAAACACACAAGCCGUUGUGGUUUGAGGAAAAAGAAGAUGAAUUUACCAAGACGAAGGUUUUUGUCACUAACGGGAAGUACUGGGAAGCAAAACAGACUCGAUUUGAGAAGCAAAGGAAGGAAGAUGCGUUCAUACCCAUAUUCAAUGUAACAAUUAUCACAUAA